AAUAGGAACUUCCAUUUUAGAUUUGGCUACCCAUCAGCGCCACGCUCGUUGCAAGCCGUUGCUGUCACUCCAGAUACGGUAUACCUGUACUGGAAUCUUCCCGAAACACUGAAUGCACCCAUUGCUGAAAUCAAGUACAAGAUUUCGCAACAAGCAUCUGGUCUGGCGUCACCAACCAGUAUUGCCGUUCAAGAGUACGCAGAUGGAGCUUUUUCGCCUACGACCUCCGACUCUGCAUCUUGUCUUGUAAGCCCGUGUCGAGCAAAGAUUGCUAACCUCAGACCAGCGACGGAGCCACGUCUAUUCACAAAUCCCAUCUCAACUCGCAGUUUCCUAGAGGACGCCGAGGCAAUUUCGCAAGAGGCAUCCGGUCGUACAAAGGACAUCCCUGGAACGCUCCGUCCAGACAAUGUGACCGGAUCGUCGUUGUUGCUUCGAUGGAACAGUCUGCAAGCCGAGCAACCACCAUCGGUCAUUUCAGUCCAGUAUAAAGAGACAGGUGGCACAAGUGGAUGGAAAUCGCCAUCGAAUGCUUCGUUCGACCCUUCAGUAUCAACUAUCCUUGUUCUCAUAAAUGGCCUGCUCUCUGCCACCUCCUAUGAUUACCGGUUCGUUGCCGCCUACUCAGGAACGUUUACGAUUGAAAAUCGAGCGAUCGGAUUCAAGGAGUAUUACUACCAAGGUGUCCAACAAGCCAAAACGAAAGCUGGUGUGCCAACUGCACCGGUGCAAGUGGAAGCCCGAAUGGACGAAGAGGGAUGGAUUGUAUCGUGGAAAGAACCAACCAGCGAUGGUGGCUCGCCGAUUACUAGUUAUGCUGUUGAGGUACAAGCAUGUUGCUGCUAA